AUGGCUUUCAUUAUGCGCAAAAAAGUUCAAAAUCCGGAUGAACAGUUGAAGGAAUUGUUCGGUCUGGAACAUUUAGCGGCUCGCGCUUUAUAUAUCAAGCCACUGACCGAAUCUUUGCAUAACGCCCUUGAAGAAGUUUACCAGGACAAGGCAAAAGAUCAGAUCAAAAUCAUUGACGCCGGAGCUGGAACGGGACUUAUAGGAGUUGAGCUCAAGAAACUCGGAUACACCAACCUGUGCGCUUUGGACAUCUCGGCUGAGAUGUUAAAGGAAGCAAAGAAGAAAGAGGUCUAUACUGAGUUCAUCUGCACGUCUUUGAACGGGCAGCCGAUACCUCAGAUUAAAUCAGGGCAAUUCGAUGCUUUGAUUUGUGGUGGGGCGCUCAGUACAGGGCGUAUCGGCUCAUCUGCUUUCGUGGAGAUGAUAAGAAUGGUUCAAACUGAUGGCGUCCUCUGUUUCAACAUAAUAAAGGAGGAAUUAGAACACUAUCAAGAGAUGAUGACGGAGCUGGAGAAAGCUGGCGAAUGGAUGUGCAUGUCCAAAGCGUCUUCACCUUUCUACGCAGCCGAAGACCUGCCCAGUGAAUGCUGGAUGUUCUUUUACAAAGUUUCGAAGAACUAAGAAACAUGUACCAUAGCCAUUAAGUUCAACUCAUCUAGGCCAUAAUAGAAAAUCAUUG